GUGCUUUUGGAACCAGUUUAUUGAUUAUUGCUUUUUGUUUUCUUUUAAUCUUCAACUCUUUCUUUUUCAAUUCGAUACACGGCAAAAGAACCUGAUUAUUUUGUCUCGAAACUCACCAGUCCAUCGACAUCUUCUAGACCUCGUGCACAGACCGAAGGAAGCCCCUUCGAAAGAAUAUCCUUCAUCGUCCCGCUCUCACGCUAGCUCGAUUCAAUUGCCACCACCUAUCGCUUCCCUUAACCGUUAACAGUCUUCCCAGCCCAAACCCAACGAUGGCUGAACAUCUUCCUCGGCCCAGUGAGCCUACCAACCCGGUAGUCUUCUUUGACCUUGCCCUCGCCGGCGAGCCUCUUGGGCGAAUCAAAAUGGAGCUCUUUGCCAAUAAAACUCCCAAGACGGCAGAGAAUUUCCGGCAAUUCUGUACGGGCGAGAGCAAGAACUCCAAAGGGCAACCCCAAGGCUACAAAGGUAGCAAGUUCCACCGUGUGAUCAAGGAUUUCAUGAUUCAAGGUGGCGACUUCAUCAAUGGCGAUGGCACUGGCAGCUGCACCAUCUAUGGCACGCCCAAGUUUGCUGAUGAGAAUUUUGCGCUGCCACAUGACCGUCCCGGGCUUCUGAGUAUGGCGAACUCGGGCCCAAACACUAAUGGCUGUCAAUUCUUCAUCACCACCACCGCGACACCCUUCUUGAACAACAAGCACGUCGUAUUUGGCCAAGUCAUUGAUGGCAUGGACGUGGUUCGCAUGGUCGAGCAAACUCGGACCACCAGAGAUAAGCCGAACCAGGAUGUAACUAUUGUGCAGUGUGGGGAGAUGUAACGCGAACGCAGUAACGAAGAGAAGAUAAUGAGAAAAUGCCCAUCAUCUAUGGGUUAUCCUUUACCAAGAAAAAAACUAGACAAUUUGACUUGAUAUCAUU